AGACACGGGCCGAAGCCGAUCAACAUAUGUAAGCCCAAAACUCUGUAAGGCAAAAUUUGAAAUCCAUCGUCUCUGAAGUUUUCUUGCUGCGUAAGUCUAUCGUCCCUAAAAGGGCACACAUUUCUGAGUUAAGAAGUGAAGUGUUUGAUUGACGAACGGAUCGAUUCGACUAUUUUCUUCUCUGGUUGAAGGAUUUGGAUUUUUUAAGUAUUUACAAUGUCUUCAUCAUACCUCCCUGCAACCACUGAUUCAAUUGCUCAGGCUCUAGAAGCCAAAACACCAUCUGAAGCCAUAUCAAUCCUUUAUCGUGUACUAGAAAAUCCUUCAUCCGCUCCUGAUGCUCUGCGGAUUAAAGAGCAGGCCAUAACGAAUCUCUCUGAUCUUCUUAGACAAGAGAACCGAGCAGAGGAGCUUAGAAGUUUUCUGACUCAAUUGAGGCCCUUUUUUGUAUUAAUUCCCAAGGCAAAAACUGCUAAAAUCGUCCGUGGUAUAAUCGACGAUGUAGCUAAAAUACCAGGAACCUCGGAUCUGCAGAUUUCUCUUUGCAAAGAAGUGGUGCAGUGGACUCGUGCUGAGAAGCGAACUUUCCUUCGCCAACGAGUUGAAGCAAAGCUUGCAGCUCUUUUGAUGGAGAACAAGGAGUAUCCUGAAGCACUGAAUCUCCUUUCUGGCUUAAUCAAGGAGGUUAGAAGGUUGGAUGACAAGCUGCUUCUCGUUGACAUAAACUUGUUGGAGAGUAAGCUUCAUUUCUCUCUCCGAAACCUCCCUAAAGCCAAGGCAUCUCUAACCGCUGCAAGAACAGCUGCAAAUGCUAUUUAUGUGCCACCAGCACAACAGGGUAACAUAGAUUUGCAGAGCGGAAUUCUCCAUGCGGAGGAGAAGGAUUACAAAACUGCUUAUAGCUAUUUCUUCGAAGCAUUUGAAGCUUUCAAUGCACUUGAAGAUCCUCGUGCUGUAUUUAGCCUCAAGUACAUGUUGUUGUGCAAAAUAAUGGUGAGCCAGGCCGAUGAUGUUGCUGGUAUAAUAUCCUCCAAAGCAGGCCUACAAUACGUGGGGCCUGAACUCGAUGCCAUGAAAGCUGUUGCUGAUGCUCACUCAAAACGUUCUCUGAAGCUUUUCGAGAUUGCUCUUCGUGAUUUCCAGGCCCAACUCGAGGAAGAUCCUAUCGUUCACAGGCACCUUUCUUCCCUUUACGACACUCUAUUGGAGCAGAACCUCUGCAGAUUAAUUGAACCUUUCUCUAGGGUUGAGAUUGCCCAUAUUGCCGAGCUCAUUGAAUUGCCUGUAGACCACGUGGAGAAGAAACUUUCUCAGAUGAUUCUGGAUAAGAAGUUUGCAGGGACUUUGGAUCAGGGUGCAGGAUGUCUUGUCAUAUUUGAUGAUCCCAAGGCCGAUGCCAUCUAUCCGGCAACAUUAGAAACCAUCUCCAACAUUGGCAAGGUUGUCGAUAGCCUUUAUGUGAGGUCUGCUAAGAUAAUGACAUAGGGUGCCACAUUUAGCAACUAGGAAGAAACAAAUUAGUGUUCAGUGACACAAGUGCAUUCUAAUCAUUACAUGUUUCAACUUAAUCCUGUUUUGUUGUGGAACAUUUGAUUUAAAACAUAUGGAGUUUAUUCAGAUGGUCUAGCCUUUUUUCCCUCUAGAAUUUGGGUAAAAGUAUCAUAAUGGUUUUUGUAUUGGGAGUUAGAUUAUAUUUUGACUCUUUACUCAAAAAAUAGGUAAUUAAUUUCUAUACAUUUAAUUUGGUUUUACUGUUAAAAA